UUAAACACUCAUGAGUAUUUUCUCAAGAUUGUGCCGUCAUAUAUGGUGGAUGAAUAUGGCAAGAAACUACCCCAUGCAUAUCAGUACACAUUUGCCCAUCGGGAAAUGAUACAAAUGGGACAUGGCCACCAAAUAACGCCUGUAAUAUGGUUUAGAUAUGACAUGAACCCGAUAACUGUCCGAUACAUUUACAAGAGUAAACCGUUAUACAGUUUUCUCACUACAGUUUGUGCUAUAGUCGGAGGAACUUUUACUGUGGCCAGCAUCAUUGAUUCAGUCCUUUUCACUGCUUCAGAAUUAUUUAAAAAAGUUCAAUUAGGAAAGUUGAGUUAA